AUGGCGCUGGUAUCAGGCCCUGGCAGAGCUGGAGGCAUCUCGUCAGACCAGGAGUUGCACACCUUGAAACAUGUGGCAUACAUCAAAAACCUGGACACUCGGAAAGAUGAACUCGAAUACUGGCUUACCGAGCACUUGCGUCUGAAUGGUGUCUAUUGGGGACUGACUGCACUUCAUCUCCUUGGACAUCCUGACGCGUUACCCCGCACUGAAACUAUUGACUUCGUGCUUUCUUGCCAGAAGGACAGCGGAGGAUUUGGUGCUGCCCCUGGCCAUGAUGCUCACAUGCUCUACACUGUCUCUGCAGUCCAGAUUCUGGUCACUAUCGAUGCUGUGGAUGAGCUAGAGAAGCGUGGUCUUGGGGGCAAGCAGAAAGUUGGCUCUUUCAUCGCAAGCCUGCAGAACAAACGUGAUGGCUCCUUCAUGGGUGAUCAAUGGGGUGAGACCGAUACGCGUUUCCUGUAUGGUGCCUUCAAUGCCCUAUCCCUCCUGGGUCUACUAGACAUGAUCGACAUCCCCAAAGCUGUCUCUUACAUUCAAAGUUGUGAGAACUUCGAUGGAGCCUACGGUGUGACCCCUGGCGCAGAAUCCCACUCAGGGCAGGUCUUCACCUGUGUUGGAGCUCUAACUAUCGCCGGUCGCCUGGAUCUGGUGAACAAGGAUCGACUCGGGGCCUGGCUGAGUGAACGACAAAUUGACAAAGGUGGUUUCAAUGGGCGUCCUGAGAAACUCCCCGAUGCAUGUUAUGCCUGGUGGGUUGGGUCCAGUUUAGCCAUGAUUGACCGCCUUCAUUGGAUCGAUGGCAAAAAACUUGCAUCAUUUGUUUUGCAAUGCCAGGACCCUGAAGCAGGUGGCUUCGCUGAUCGCCCUGGGAAUAUGGUUGAUGUUUACCAUACACACUUUGGCAUCGCAGGCCUGAGCCUUCUUGGAAUGGAGGGUCUACAAGAAGUUGACCCUAUUUACUGCAUGCCUAAGUCUGUCAUUGCACGAUGCUUUGCAAAGUAA